AUGUGCGAACUAACAAAACUUCAUUUAAUACUUCUCGCAGCAACAGGAUGCCUGGGAUUCGAACAUUUCGAACAUCAUCCGGUCAAGACACAGAUCAUCACCAAAGAGGAAGUCGUGCCGUAUCCCGUUAAAGUUGAGAAACACGUUCCAUAUCCAGUCAAAGUCCCUGUCGAGAGACCAGUGCCGUUCCACGUACCUAAGCCAUAUCCAGUGCACAUCGAGAAGAAGGUACCGGUUCCAGUGAAGGUCGAAGUACCCCAUCCAUAUCCAGUGUACAAGGAAGUUAAAGUGCCAAUAGAGGUUAAGGUUGAGAAGCCUGUGCCUUAUCAUGUGCCUAAGCCGGUUCCAGUAUACGUCGAAAAAAAGGUUCCUUAUCCAGUCGAGAAAAAAGUUCCUUAUCCGGUAAAGGAAGUAGUCGAGAUCCCCAAGCCAUAUAAAGUACCCUAUAUUGUCGAAAAGAAAGUACCUUAUGUUGUUGAAAAGAAAGUGCCAGUGAAGGUUGAAGUGCACGUUGAGAAGCCUUACCCUGUAGAAGUUCCCAAGCCGUACCCAGUAACAGUGGAGAAGAAAGUACCUUACUUUGUGGAGAAGAAGGUACCAUACGAAGUAAAAGUACCCGAAUUCGUCAAAGUACCAGUACCCAUCUACGAACACAGUAGUCAGGAUUAUUGGAAGUCUUCUAACCACGGAGGGCUAGAAACUUCAGGACAUUUCCACCAUUUCUGA